GUGACGUCAGAGAAGGGGCUCAGCUAACGCCACAGCGUGUCUGAGCAAAAUGAAACAUGGAUGAGGUCUCCGAAAGUUGGGAGGAAGCUGCUGACAGUGGGGAAAUGGAAAAACGGUUGGAAGAGAAACUAAGGAUCAGCCAAAAAGAACGGGAGUCCAGCAAUAAUGCUCCAAGGACCCCAUUGAAGACCACCAUGGUGAUACAGGAUGACUCUCUGCCAGCAGCUCCCCCACCUCAGAUCCGUAUUUUGAAGAGGCCCGUGAAUAACGGCUCGCUGGGAUCCUCUCUGAAUCAGAACAGGCCCACACCACAGGUCAAGUCUCUGGCCCAGCGGGAGGCAGAGUACGCUGAGGCCAGGAAGAGAAUACUGGGCAGCGCCUGCCCGGAAGAGACGCCUCAGGACAAACCCAACACUGACAGGUCAGGCCGCAAUAACUCCACACUGCCUUCAGAGGACACCAGAUCAAACAAUAACACUGUCGGGCAGCCACUUGGCCCAGACGGCACCCAGGGGUUCCGACAGCACAGAUAAGUAGGGCCCUGGAGCCACCCAGCCAUUAAGGGGAGCGAGAUCGAGGCCCACCUGAGAGCAAAGACAGCACUUGUGUCUUAAAAAAAACUUCCUCCUUAAACUAGCAGUCAUGUGGGACUUUGAGGGAGCGAGGAACUCUGGGGGGGAAGUCAAAUGGAAAUGUGCUGCCCUCUCUCCCCACUCCUCCUGUCGGUUUGACACUGUGAUUAUGAACUUCUUCUGGACUCACUGUGAUGAUCCCUUUAAGCGGCGGCCCCUCACCUUCACCUCUCUCCUCCUUCAGUGCCCAGCCGCGUUUCAGGAUUCCCAUGAGGCUGAAGCAAAGACUUAAAAAAGGAGGGCAAAGAGAGGACGAGGAAUUUUGGGCCAUAGCAAAAUGAGAUGAGCUGGUACUUUUCGGCAGCAGCAUCUCCUCAGCAAUAAUACAAGGCAUCACUUCUCACCCCUCUUCAUAUGUUUUUAGGUUUUCAAGCGCCGGCUGACUAAGUUUUUAUCUUUUGUUUUUCUCGCUUGUCUUUAUUGAAAUAUAUUAGGGAUACUCUGAUAUCUACAGAAGUACAUCAUAUCACACAGACACCACUAGUAACAUGUUAUAUCAGUACCACAGUAUUCAGGAUACAAAACAAACACCCAACAGCUGCAGUUUUAUUUGUUUGGUGGUUAAGUAGUCUCAAAAAGCAGAGUUUUAACCUCUCCUGAGAAAACAUUCACAUUGGGCUGCAGUCAUCUCACCUCUUAUUCUGAGUGCAUCACUAUUACCUGCCUAAUUACAGAGCUGUAGGCGUUAUCAGGACAUCCCUAAUAUAUAAAUUGUCAUUUGUUUUAUAAUCCGAGGGUAUGGGGAAUGUUUGUCGAGGUUGUUUUUUUUUUUUUUUUUUUUUUAUCCGAUGUGUUCUGUUAAUGUUUUUGUUUUUGUUUUUUUUGAUUGAGCUUUUAUGGCUGUCUUCCUUGGACUGUCACAUUAUUAUUUCUAUUUAAAACUAAAGGGAGAGGAAAAAUGAGAUUGGAGAUGUAAUUCAAUUUUUACGUAGCUUUUCUGCCUUUUGUACGAGAUUGGCAGCGAUGUCAGAGCAGUAUUUUAAUAGAAAACAAACCAAAAUCCCCUUUUUAAAAUCGACCCAUGUGUAUAUACAUCAGUUAAUGAAGAUGUCAUUAUGAGAAGGUGGUGGUUGGCAGAAAGUCACGGGAAGGUCAGUCGGGGGGGAUGAUUGGACUGCUGUACUCCACAAGCCUCUUCAUCAUAUCUCCACGUUGUCAGCAGGUGUGCUCGUCUCUUUGUGUCCUUCCCCGACGCUCUGUGCGUAGCAGCUCGGGUGCAAAGGACGGCAAGACUGAAUGAAUGAAAUGAACAAGGAUUGUAUUUUCUCCAGACAGUUUGCCGCUCAAACAGAAAAUGUAUUAAACCUCGGGUCGGCACUUUGUUUUAAACAGUGCUAUUCAGAGUGUGCAGUGAAAUGUAACUGAAGAUAUCCCACGAUGAAUGAAUGCCAGUUUUUUAUAUUUGUGUUUGACUGUUGGCAUGUUGCUGUUGCAAGAAAGUCCAAACGGUUGGUCCGCUGCUGAAGUGGAACAUGGAGACACAGCUGUAUAUGCGACUAUCUGGCCGACCAGAGCCAAUGUGCCCAAAACUUAUUACUUAAGUUGUUCACCUUUUUCAUUUGUCCAGAGAAGAGCUCUAAAUAAAGCCAUAUUCAGUGGUGCA